ACUCAUUACACGAACACGAACACUAGAUUGUUCCAUUGCCUUAAACGAAUCCAGAACCUCGUCAACGAAAGGAGCAACUUUUCGCAUUUCAGUCGAGCAACUAAUUGAAUUCCAUGGCUGGUAGAAUAAUUGCGCAGUUCAUUGUGAUGGGUACUGGGAUUUUAGGCCGUGCUGUCUUUAAAGCUUAUCGUCAGGCCAUUGCAAAUGCGUCUAAAACCGGCGUUGCGCAGGAAGCAAUGCAGAACGCAGUACGUAAAGCAGGGAAAGCCAUUAAUGAGCAAGAGGCUAGGCAGAUUCUCGGUGUAACCGAGCAGACCUCUUGGGAAGAGAUCUUACAGAAAUACGACAAGCUGUUUGAGAAUAACGCUAAAGCUGGGAGCUUCUACCUUCAAUCUAAAGUUCUUCGAGCGAAAGAAUGUCUUGAAGUUGUGUACAGGAGCAACGGCACACCUAGUUAAGACCAUCUUUUUAUUUUUACAGAUUCAGAGUUCUAGCUCUUUAUGUAAAAUCAAUGGCUAUAACACUGUUCUGUGAGAUGAUAUGUAACUCUGAAGAACUGCCAUAGUCUUCUUCACUCAUUUUUCAGUUGAUUAGUAGUGUUAGAGAACCUCCUAAAAACUUAGAAUGGAUUGUUCUUCUAUGCGUGUAUGUUGUUUCACUCCGAAGACUCCUUAGAGUUUUGUUUCUGUUUUUGAUUCUGACUGAGAUGAAUCUACAGUUUGUUAUGUAUAUAUAACCACUUCAGUGAUUUAGCUGAAUCUCA